CACACAGUGCAAUAGCAGGGAGGCAAGGUACCUCUCAACGCCACACAACAUGUAAACUGAAUUGUUUGGAUCGACAUUAAAAUCCCCCUUUUAAGAGGAUCUAUCAACAGCUGUCAAUGUCAGGAUUCGCUUCAUCUGCUCUGGACUCAGAUGGAUUUAUUUUCCUAUGCAAGUUGGGCGUGAUCUCUAUGGACCAAGUGCAAUUUGGUGUUAGUUAACAAGCAGUCCUUAUACAGGGAAAGCAAAUCAAUCAGAAGAUUUUUUUUUAUGCAAAAAGAAAAUACAGGGCAAUUCAAUAACAAUAAUAUUAAUACAGGGAAAGAAAAUGUCAACAGUCGCCUUUGUGGAUCAUUUUGCUGCAGAGUGCCUUGUAUCCAUGUCCAGUCGUGCUAUUGUCCACACUCCAAAGGGUAACCCUGCUCUUAAAAGUGAAGCAUCCGCAGCACCUCCGCUGCUGGGGGAAGAUAAGAAAGAGCUGAAGGAUAAUGCGUCUCUGUUUGUGGUGGCUAGGAUCUUAGCUGAUCUUAAUCAGCAACCCCCAAAUCUAUCAGUGCACGCCGAAAAUGAUGAUACAAUUAAGCCAGUGGACGAAAUGCCCACUGGGGAUCAGGAUGACAGUGUGUCCUCACCCGACAAGCGUGGAGACACGGCGGCCACACCUCCACUCCAGCAGGAGCCAAGCCUUAAACAAAGAGCCAAACGUGGAAAAAGUCGACCUGAUACUGUAUUACCCCUCAAAAAGCACAAGUGCCCCUAUUCUGGAUGUGAAAAAGUUUAUGGCAAAUCAUCCCAUCUCAAAGCUCAUCUGAGGACACACACAGGGGAGAGACCUUUUGAAUGCAGCUGGGAAGAGUGCAACAAGAAGUUUGCCAGGUCUGAUGAGCUGGCCCGGCACUAUCGAACACACACAGGAGAGAAGAAAUUCAGUUGUCCUAUCUGUGAGAAGCGCUUUAUGCGAAGUGAUCACCUGACCAAACAUGCCCGUCGCCAUGCCAACUUUCAACCCAGCAUGCUCAAGGGAAGAGGCAUCAGUUCUAGAAAUGGGUCAGUCAGUGACUACAGCCGCUCCGAUGCUUCCAGCCCAGCAAGCUCCCCAUAAAUCUACUUGCACUGGACACUAGCACUUUGUCUCUGUGCAAACAUUGUGAAAUGAACUUAUCAACACAUGCACAUAGCAUGUUUUUUCCUUUUGAUUUUUAAGUGGUUUAAUGGCUUAUUUUAAUCUUACUGAACAGAUUCUGCACAACUUUAUGAAGACAAAUGUCUAUAGUAUGAUUUCACAAUUUUUCUUGCCAGCGUUUCUAGAAUUCUAUAAAUCAGUCCAUUUUAGAUCUCUGGGAUUCUACAGACCAAUCUGUUAUGGAUCAACAAAAUUCACUACUUCUUCUAUUUUUCUACCUCCAAAUUUUCAUAAUUCUUUUGGAUUGUCUCAGCAGAAUUCAAUGUCUGGCUUUCUUUUCUAUACCCAGAAAGCUUAUUUGAUUGUUUCUUCUCAUUACCCACAAUUUCUGUCAGGUUUGUCUCACGUCCAUUAAAUGCAAUAUUUACUAAGGAUAAAAAUUGUCUAUAAACUAUUUUCUUCACCUCAGGACUCAAAUUGUUGCACAACACAAGCAUUGAUCUACAGCUUAAGAUUCAAUUGCAUUCUAUUUCACCUCAUCCUAUUCUUAAAUAUUCCCCCUCUCAGGGAUAGAUUCCUAAAAUAUACGAAGACAAUGAAGACACCUCUUUCUGCAGCCUUAUUCUGUCUUUUUUCAUCUUUUUUUUUUUUUUUUUGCACUUACGUUUUUUAAUUUUGUUUAGGCACAUUGGAAAAUGCCAGUACUGGAAUUGUGUAACCUAUAGAUGUGUGCAUAGAGAAAAAACCUGCUUUAUGUUGCAAAAAAAACAUUCACGGUUCAGCUGUAUAUAAUAUACCUAUCCAAUUCAUCUGAACACACUUAUAUAGUGAAUGGAUUUGAAAAUGUUGUGCUUUUGUUUUGUAUAUCUAUAUAUUAUGACAUUUUAACCAUUCUUUUAUUUUAUGCUCAAGGGCUGUACUGUAAAUUAUUAGCUUCAGUUGUAAUUGAUUUGGUGCACUUUGAUUCAUUAUACAAGGUCAUAACAUAAUCUUAAGAUAGUGCCUGGGAAAGUAGCAUUACUGUACUUACCGUAGAGCCAUGUGGAUGGCCAAUGUUACUGUACCUCAUUCUUCAGAAUAACCACAAUACAUUAUUA